AUGCUAGAGACAAAGGAGUUAUAUUAUUAAUAUUAAUAAAAGUUAAUUAUCUAAAUGAUUUAAUUGUAUCUAGUGCCUUAAAAAAAGUAAAAUGAUUUUUUUGAAGUAUAAAAUUUUAUUAAAAAUUAGGUAAAAACUGAAAGUUUAGAACAAGUCCCUCAAAAAAAUUAAAACCAUAUGACAAAAAUAUAAAGACAAAAAAUGAGGCAAGAAUAAGAGAUACAUUUAGACACUCUUUAUUUAAAACAUCAUUCGAAGCAGGUUUUGAGUAAGUAAAGAAAGUUGUUUUAUUAAGGCAUUUAUCCAGAAGACCUAGAUGAUUAUACUGAAUUAAAUAAAUCUAUUUCAAAUUACUAUUGA